GGGCGGGAGGCGGAGCGCGCAGCCCCUGCGCUGGGUGUCCCGGGCGUCCCCCGGGCGGCGCGCGACCCCGUGCGCGCCCCCUGCCCGCCCAGGCGGCCCCGCCCCUCCCGCGCGCGGCAGCAGCGGCAGCGGCGGCGGCUCCGAGGGUGGCGGCGGCGGCGGUGGUGCCAGGUGAACUGGAAUACUUCUCAAGUCACGUGCAACAGGAUUCUGUCAGGAAACAGCUUCUAUCUGUUCUGGUGGACGAAUACUUCGGGUACUGCAAUGGCCGCCGAUUCCAAAGCCACACAGUUUGUCUCACUGAGCCUAGUGCUGGGUCACCCGAAUCAUCUUAUAGUCUGACAGGCUCCGAUGGUCGGAAUCGAUGGGUUUGGGUGAUCUGCCUAACUUUAAAGAUACGUAUGCGUCCUUGUACUUCUCAGCUAUGGAAGACUUGGAGGUGGAUUUUGAUUCAGGACUGGAGGAAGAUGAACUAAAGCAGAAGGCUGCUCCUGAGGAUUCCACGAUCUUUGUAGCUUUUAAAGGAAAUAUAGGUGACAGAGACUUUGAGCAGAAACUAGAUACCAUAUUGGAGAAUGUCCCUGGCCUCUUACACAUGGAAUCCAACAAGCUAAAACUGCAGAAGAUCGAGCCUUGGAACAGCGUCCGCGUUACCUUCAACAUCCCCCGGGAAGCUGCUGAGCGACUGCGGAUCCUGGCUCAGAAUAACAACCAGCAGCUUCGUGACCUGGGAAUUCUUUCUGUUCAGAUCGAAGGGGAAGGUGCUAUCAAUUUGGCUUUAGGUCAGAACAGAAGCCAAGAUGUGCGGAUCAAUGGACCCCUGGGAGCAAGCAACUCCAUGCGCAUGGAGACGGGGUUUCCCAUGCAAGGGGGACAAGGUUUAAUAAGGAUGAGCAAUGCUGCAGCUGUCAUGAUGUCCCAGGGUGGAAACGUGCCCUCUUCUAUGGUGGCAAGUAGUGCUGGUGCUGAGCUGCAGCCAAGGACACCUCGGCCUUCCUCACAGCCAGAUGCAAUGGACCCACUCUUAUCUGGGCUAAAUAUCCAGCAGCAAAACCAUCCACCUGGAUCUUUAGCUCCCCAGCUCCAUUCAAUGCAGUCAGUUCCCGUAAACAGGCAGAUGAAUUCAGCCAACUUUCAGCAGCUACAGCAGCAGACGCAGUUGCAGACACGUCCUCCCCAGCCACAUCCACAGCCACAGCAGGGUAUUCGACCUUCAUUUACUUCACCAGCACAGGUUCCAGUUCCCCCUGGCUGGAACCAGCUUCCUUCUGGAGCACUUCAGCCUCCUUCAACUCAGGGAGCACUGAGUACAUUGGCAGUAAACCAGGGUUGGAAAAAGGCCCCGUUGCCUGGACAAAUGCAGCAACUUCAAGCAAGACCAUCUCUAGCAACAGUACAAACUCCUACUCAUCCUCCACCUCCUUAUCCUUUUGGAAGCCAGCAAGCUUCCCAGGCUCACUCAAACUUUCCCCAAAUGAGCAAUCCUGGCCAGUUUACUGCUCCUCAAAUGAAAAGCCUUCAGGGAGGGCCCUCACGGGUUCCUACGCCACUACAGCAACCCCACCUGACCAACAAGUCUCCUGCCUCCUCUCCCUCCUCCUUCCAGCAGGGAUCUCCUGCAUCAUCUCCAACAGUUAACCAGACGCAGCAGCAGAUGGGACCAAGGCCUCCCCAGAGUAGCACGCUUCCCCAGGGAUUUCAGCAGCCUGUCAGUUCUCCUAGCCGUAAUCCUAUGGUGCAACAGGGGAACGUGCCCCCCAACUUCAUGGUGAUGCAGCAGCAAAACCAAGGUCAAGUUUUACACCCUGGUUUAGGAGGAAUGCCCAAGCGCCUCCCACCGGGGUUCACUGCAGGCCAGGCUAACCAGAACUUCAUGCAAGGUCAGGUGUCUUCCACAGCUCCUGGAACACCGGUGAACAGUGGAGCACCGCAACUGCAAACAAACCAGAACAUGCAGCACGCAGGUGGCCAAGGAUCUGGACCUCCUCAAAGUCAGAUGCAGCCACCGCAUGGCCCACCCAGUAUGAUGCAGACCAAUCUCAUGGGUCUUCAUGGAAAUAUGAACAACCAGCAGGCCGGUGCCGGUGGGGUGCCACAAGUCAACAUGGGCAACAUCCAGGGACAGCCUCAGCAAGGACCACAGUCUCAGCUCGUGGGAAUGCACCAGCAAAUCGUAUCCUCUCAAGGGCAGAUGGUAAACAUUCAGGCUCAGGGAUCACUGAACCCUCAAAACCAGAUGAUACUGUCUCGAACUCAGCUCAUGCCACAAGGCCAAAUGAUGGUGACGCCACAAAACCAAAAUCUCGGUCCUUCUCCCCAGAGGAUGACCCCUCCCAAGCAGAUGAUUCCCCAGCAGGGACAACAGAUGAUGUCUACACACAAUCAGAUGAUGGGGCCUCAGGGCCAGGUCAUGUUGCAGCAGAACUCGAUCAUGGAACAGAUGAUGACCACGCAGAUGCAAGGAAAUAAACAGCCUUUUACUACUCAAAACCAAUCCAAUGUUAUGACGGGGCCAGCUCAGCUGAUGAGAGGACCAACCCCAAACAUGCAAGGAAACAUGGUGCAAUUCACUGGGCAGAUGAUGGCACAGCAAGGCCCAGUGAAUGGGAAUCCUUCUCAGGUUAUGGGAAUCCAAGGGCAAGUUUUAAGACCUGCUGGGCCUGGUCCACACUUAGCUCAGCAACUUGGGGAUACUGCUACUACAACAAAUAAUGAUGUGAACAUGACACCAAUGUUACCUGAUGUCCCCGUGCAGCAGCCAAACAUGGUACCUUCUCAUAUGCAAGCAAUGCAAGGAAACAGCAAUGCUUCAGGGAGUCAUUUCUCUGGCCAUGGGCUGCCUUUCAAUACAGGGUUUAGUGGAACGCCAAAUGGCAAUCAGAUUUCCUGUGGGCAGAAUCCUGGCUUUCCUGUCAAUAAAGAUGUUACCCUCACAAGCCCGCUCUUGGUUAACCUUCUGCAAAGCGACAUAUCAGCAGGACACUUUGGUGUGAACAACAAACAAAACAACCAGAAUGCCAACAAGCCGAAGAAGAAGAAGCCUCCAAGGAAGAAGAAAAAUAAUCAACAACUAGAACAAACAACUUCUUCGGAACCACGGCCAGCUGGCCUGGAGGAGAGUGAUCAGUCGUCGAUGUCUGGAGAACAAGGAAUGACUUUAGAUAAUUCAGGCCCUAAACUUCCAGACUUUGCAAGCAGGCCACCAGGUUAUCCAUCUCAGCCAGUGGAACAGAGACCACUUCAGCAGGUGCCACCUCAACUCAUGCCACACGCGCAGCAACCGCAGCAGCAGCCGCCACCACAGCCACCGCCACAGCAAGCCCAGGCACCAGCACAGACACCGCAGCAGCAGCAGAUGAUGAUGAUGCUCAUGAUGCAGCAGGAUCCCAAAUCAGUCAGGCUUCCCAUUCCACAGGGAGUUCACCUACCUAGAGGGCCUCUGAAUCCAGAUGCUCAGCGCGUGCCGGUGCAGCAGAGUGGUAACAUGCCAGUGAUGGUGAACCUCCAGGGUCCUGGAUCAGUGCCUCCGUCUCCUGACAAACAAAGAAUAUCCUUGCAGGGCAAUCCUCCUCUGGGGAAUAACACAAGAAAAAUGGUUUACCAAGAUAACGUACAGAAUCCUUCCAGCUCACCCCUCAGAGAGGUCCCAUCAGUAUCCUCCCUUCCAGAAGGAGGUGGAGCUGAAGGCCCCCCAGCAUCAGGAGCUCAGAAUAAUUUGACGUCUCAUUUAGUAGUUUCACAGAACCAAUUAAUGAUGACGGGACCCAAAUCUGGACCAUCCCCACUUUCCGCUGCCCAAGGGGCCAGUCCCCAGCAGCAGUCUAAUGCUCUGCCUAGCACUCUUACUCACCAUUUUCCAAAUGUUGCCACCCCAUCCCAAACUUCAAGGCCUAAAACCCCGAACAGAGCGAGCCCAAGGCCGUACUAUCCGCAGACUCCAAAUAACCGUCCGCCUAGCACAGAACCGUCAGAAAUUAGCUUGUCUCCAGAGAGACUCAAUGCUUCUAUAGCUGGUCUGUUCCCUCCCCAGAUCAAUAUUCCUUUACCUCCCAGGCCUAAUCUUAACAGAGGAUUUGAUCAGCAGGGUCUUAAUCCCACGACUUUGAAGGCCAUCGGACAAGCCCCAUCCAAUCUCACAAUUAACAAUCAGUCCAGUUUUUCUGCUCCACAGUCACACAAAUUGGAAGGCAUGGUCAUUAAUUCAGGAAAACAAACCAACACUGGAGGAACAAAGAGAGCAAGUCCAAGCAGCAGUCGAAGGUCCAGUCCUGGGUCCAGUCGGAAAACUACACCAAGCCCUGGCAGGCAGAAUUCAAAAGCAGCUAAACUAUCGUUGACAACUCAGCAGAAUCCCCCUCUCUUGCAGAACAUGGACUUACAAAGAAAUAUGAUGGCUGGUCCCUCUUCUUUGCCAACACCUGUGACUACAAGUUUCCAAAAUAACAACAUGCUAAGUAAUCAGAAUCCUGCAGUUUCUGUACCUGCUGUGACUGGUAUUCCUGAAGACCAUAAAGAGAGCCUUAAUGUGCAACAAGAUAGUGAGAUUCAAAGUGCACAAGGUGUUCAAUGUAAUAAAGACCAGCCCAAUAUUGAACUAAAAGGGAUCUCUAGUCCAGAAAUGAAAAUAUUGGUUCCAGAAGACCAGUCAAAAAAAGACGGGCAGGCCUUGGACACCGGUAAGCUUCCAGUCUUUGAGGAAAGUAAACCCAUGGUAUCUCCAGCUAUGAGGGAGGCACCAACUUCUUUAAGUCAACUCCUUGAUAAUUCUGGAGCUCCUAACGUCACAAUUAAGCCCCCUGGGCUAACUGGGCUUGAAAUGGCACCAAUAGUCAGCGCUGGUGAGGAGCUGAAGAAGGUGGCUGUCAUUCCUCCACUGCAAGAGUCAGCCUCGAGCAAAGAACCAUCUAAUUCACUUAGCUUGCCUCAAAUUAAUGAGCUGUGUUCAAAUCCAGGGCACCAGGAACUCGUAGAAACAAACUCAAGCAUUGCACAGAGUGGUCCUGCAGCAAUGCAGAGGCCUGUUAGCUCCUCUUCCAUUUCAGGUUCCUUACCACCCAACCAGAUAACAGUUUUUGUAACUUCCAACCCUAUUACAUCUUCUGCUAGUACAUCAGCAUCGCUGCCAUCUCACUUGCAGCCUGCGUUAGUGUCGACUGUUGUCACCAUGCCCAAUGUGGGGAACAAGGUGGUGGGUUCUGAGGGACAGUCAGCACCUCAGUCUAACACCCGCCCACAGUUCAUCACACCCGUUUUUAUAAACUCAUCCUCAAUAAUUCAGGUUAUGAAGGGCUCUCAGUCAAGUACGAUUCCUGCAGCCCCGAUGACUUCUAACUCCAGUCUGAUGCCUCAGUCAGUUGCUGUUGUUGGUCCUUUGCAUUUACCACAGAAUAUAAAGUUCUCUUCUGGGCCCACUCCUCCCAGCACCUCAUCCGGCAGCCCUGUUUCCAGUAUCCCCACCAGCAGGCCGCUGGUUCUUAAUCCCUUGACACCUCCUGUUCAGCAGCCUUCUCCUGCUACAACUUCUUCCAAUGCUUCUUCGCAUCUUCCUGCCCAGCAGGUCAAAGAGUUCAGCCCAGAGGAGACUUCUCAAAGCGGUGGUAUGAGUGACCAGUGCUCCAUCACAGCAACACAGUCGGGUCCUGUUGUUUCACCUCUUCUUACAAGUAGCCCGGGGUCUGGGAACAGACGCAGUCCUGUUUCGUCGAGUAAGGGGAAGGGAAAAGUGGACAAGAUCGGCCAACUCUUGCUGACUAAAGCAUGCAAGAAGGUCACUGGGUCCCUUGAGAAAGGGGAAGAGCAGUGUGCUCUGGAUGGAGAAGCAGAAAGCCAGGGACUAGAAACGUCAGCUCCAAAUAGUUCGGGAACAGAGCAAUCACCAGCAGAGCUCGAUAAUAAAACUGUGCCACCCCCAGCACCCAGUCUUAUAAAACAGAGCACUUCUGGGCCUGGCAGUUUGAAUGUCAGCACUGUGGCUGCUGCUCCUGCCUCCACGUCUCCGGGCAUCUCGACAAGCACUCCUCCUGCAGGCGCACUGUCGGCUGUCGCCCCUCCCGCAGCCGCAGACCCUGUGCCGGCAGUGCCGAGCACUAAUGGCAGUACCCACGGUGCUUUGCCAGCUGAGCAAAGCGGGGCCGGUGCGGUGGAGGAAAAAGCAGGAGCUCAGCAGGAGCUGCCACAGCGUACAGAACUUGAAACAAAUGCUCCGGUAGCGGCUGGUCAAAGGCCUGAGUGUUACGUGUCCUGGAAGGGACUUGGUGAUUCCACUGUUCGAUAUUUUCUGAAACCAUCAAAACCAAACCCCCAAAAGCCUGCAGCUUAGCUGUCAGGUACAUUUUUGUUUUCUGAAAGCAAGGCUUUCUGAAGUUUGUCCUUCUGCCUUUUUCUUCAGAUUGCCUCUAUGUUUGCUUGUUGACACUUUGCUGAAACCUGAUAGGAAAGGCAGGUAGAAACUUCAUCUUGUCCCGAUCCAUUCAGUAAUUGAAACAUCAAAUUUAAGGUUGUUGUGUUCUGUUAGAAGAAAAUAUCGUGUCCAAGAUCUGUUUAUGUUAAAUUCUCAACCCACCAGGCUCUUAAACUUGGUCUGGGCAGCUGUGGUGGCAGACUUUUGUAAAGUUUUUGUAGGGCUAUGAAGAUGAUCAAAGGGCUGGAGCACCUCCCACCCAUGGACAGGCUGAGAGAGUUUGGGAUUGUUCAUCUUGGAGGAGACUCUGGGGAGACCUUAGAGCAGCUUCCAGUUCUGAAAGGGGCUCCAGGAAAGCUGGGGACAGGCUCUUGACCAGGGUGUUCAGGGAUAGGAUGAGUUGAAAUGGUUUUAAGCUAAAAGAGAGGAGAUUGAGGUGAAAUCUAUGAUAGUGAGGAGGCGCUGGCCCAGGUUGUCCAGAGAGGUCAUGGCUGUCCCAUCCCUGGAGGUGUUGCAGGCGAGGUUGGAUGGGGCUUGGAGCAACCUGAUACAGUGGGAGGUGUCCCUGCCCAUGGCAGGGGGGAUUGGAACUGGAUGGGCUUUAAGGUCCCUUCCACCCCAAACCGUUCCAUGAUUCUAUGAUUUAUUUUGUAUCUGGGACAAAUCCACGUGCUUCCACAUUCUCCUCUACUAUGUGUUUCCUUGCUUGGGAAAGCUUGACUCUCCUUUCACUGAUAAACUGUGUUUGAUUUCAGAUAUCUGUUACUGAAUGCUAUGAGUAUUUGUGGUAGUUUUUCAUCUCAGAACAGGACUUCCCUGAAGCAGCAACUCUGUAGUGGACCUCUGACACCCAGUGCUGCUCUGGGUUUUCAGGCAGUUAGGGCAGCCUGUCUUGAAACCUUGCAAGUGAGAGAGCAGGAAUUGAGUUUGCUUUCUCCUUUUGCAUUAUCAGCAGAAUCACUUAUUUGAGGAAUACUUAUCUUUGAAUUCAUGGGAUGUAAGCUUAUCUUCAGAAACUGCUUAGUCCUCGGCAAUUGUCUGGCGUUAAUGCGUGGAGGUGAAAAGGCCAAAACCCCAAGAUGAGUUCACAGGGUUAAGAGUGAUAAAAUGAAGGAGGAGUUUAAUUUCACGGUGCAGAACAGUACUUAUUGUCUUGGUGGUAAGAAACACUGAUUUCCACACUACCUAAAAUUAUUUUUUAUGGCAGAAAAAGCUUUCUGUUAUUAAAAAAAUAAGAUUUUAGCUUCAAGCUUUAAAGCCUGAAGAGAGUUUGAAAUAUACCUUCAGCUUUUUAAUGUGUGAAAAACUUACUUGGAUGAAUGGAGUGAGGCAAACAAAAGCUGGGGUGCUCCCUGGAGAUUUCACAAUUCCUCCUCGUGUUCCUCUGCAAUUUCAACUUGAUAUUCCCGUAUCAUAGCAGUCUCUAAUGUAACCUGUUUGCUUUUCCUAGACUUCAGUAAUGGUGGCACCUGUGGAAAACAGAGCAGACAAUUUAUAAUGCAUCUAAUUUCUUGGUCUUCUAAUGUUGAAAAUAUUCUCUUUGAGGACUUCUCAAUUCUGUAUCUUCUGAUAAUUUUUAAUAGAAAUGGACUAUACUCUGGCUUACUCAGGUCAUUCUUCAUCUGAUAAAGCUUCUGGUAUCUCUAGCAUUUCAUAUCUUCAGUGCUAAUAGUCCAGAACUGGUACCUCUGUCGGUCCAUCCUCCAGCUUGUCUGAGUUGCGUAGAAAAAACCUUAUCCUUCUUACACUUCAUCAGAAAUAUUUUGUCCCACUUUAUUAGUAAUGAGACAAAAGAGAAUUGUGAAAAAUCUAAAACUCCAAACAGAAGAAAUUCAAGAACAGAGGAUUCUGCUGCUUCACAGGAAACUGUAGAGAACGGGCAGCGCAAGAGAUCUUCCCGACCAGCGUCAGCAUCCAG